AUGAAGGUUAUAUUAAUAAUACUUUCGUUAGUAUUUACUUUAACGAACGCUGCCGAUGAGCUUCCUUUAGCUGAAGCGUGCGAUCCAGAAUUAUGCAAAUUACCAAGUUGUCGUUGCUCGUCAACGGAUAUACCAGGAGAUCUUCAGCCUAGGGAUACUCCACAGUUUGUUGUCUUAACGUUUGACGAUGGCGUUAACAUCCUCAAUAUUGAAACUUAUCGCGAAAUCGGAUACAAUCGCCUCAACAAGAAUAAUUGUCCGAUAGGCAUCACUUUCUUCAUAAAUCAUGAGUACACCAACUAUCAACUGGUCAACGAGUUGUACAACCAACAUUUUGAAAUUGCACUACAUUCAGUUAGCCACCAAACGCCACAGACCUACUGGGCGGAGGCGUCUUAUGAUGAUAUGAUGAAAGAGUUUGGCGAUCAAAAAUUACAAAUGGCUCAUUUUGCAAAUAUUCCAAUCAGUGAAAUUAAAGUUUUUGUCGCGAUAGCAGUUGCAGAUGGCAAUGAUAGGGAACUCCCUCUAGCAGAGACAUGUGACGAAGAUCUUUGUAAAUUGCCAAAUUGCCGAUGCUCGUCUACCGAAAUUCCCGGAGGAUUAGAACCAAGAGAUACUCCCCAGUUUGUUAUACCUACAUUCGACGAUGCUAUCAACAUACUCAACAUGUUAAAUUACCGCGAAAUCCUGUACAAUCGGCAAAAUAAGAACAACUGUCCAGCCAGUGCCACCUUCUACAUGAGCCAUGAGUACACAGACUAUCAACUGGUUAACGAACUCUAUAACCAAGGCUUCGAAAUUGCCCUUCAUUCCAUUUCUCACCAAACUCCUCAGACAUACUGGGCUGAAGCAACUUAUGAUGACAUGUUGAAAGAAUUCGGAGACCAAAAACUUCAAGUUUCUCACUUUGCCAAUAUUCCCGAAAAUGCUGUUCAAGGAGUUCGUAUUCCGUUCCUUCAAAUGACCGGAAAUGCCAGUUUUCAAGUAAUGGCAGAUGUUGGUUUAAAAUACGACUGUUCAUGGCCAACAACUCGUUACGUAGAUCCAGGACUGUGGCCUUAUACUUUAGACUAUGCUUCGAUCCAAGAUUGUAUUGUUCCCCCUUGUCCAACUGCGUCAAUACCUGGUGUUUGGGUGUUACCUAUGGUCGCCUGGACUGACUUGCAGGGAUUCCCUUGCUCCAUGGUCGAUGCCUGUGUAUUUGUACCACCACAUGACGACGAAGAAAAAUGGUUCCAAUUCAUACUAACUAACUUCGAAAGGCAUUACCUCGGCAAUCGAGCUCCUUUUGGCUUUUACGUACACGAAUGGUACCUCGCUACCUACCCCGCUGUGAAAAGAGCUCUAGUCAGAUUCUUGGAUUUAGUUAAUAAUCUCAAUGAUGCUUUCAUGGUGAGUUCGGGUGAAGUCAUUGAUUGGGUACAAAACCCUAUCCCAUUAGAGGAAUAUGUUAAGAAGGACUGCAAAACAUUCGUACCAACGGUUUGCCAACGUACAAACUGUGGACCUUUAAGUUCUUCUCAUAAUGAGGUAGGUAUUGGACUUGACUGA